UCUCCGUACUCUGGUCUUCCUUUAUUCAUCGCUUCUUCAACUUCAAGGGCUGUCCCUGAUCGAAAUGCAUUCAUUCAAUUCUCCAAAUUCUAAAUCUUGAAAACUAACUUUAUGCCUCUUCUCUAAAUUAGUGUAUUUCUACUGGGUCUAGUUGAGCCCCUUCUUCUCUCUUCUAAUUUUCUUAGUUUUGUUUUGAGUUCAAGGGAUGAAACGGUUUUGAUGCCAAAAAGAAUAAAAGGAACCAGACCAAAUGUGAAGCACACGUCUUCAAGAUUUUGGUAUUAGUAUUUUCAAACUGGGUUUUGUCGAAUGUGGUGGUGAUUGAGGAAUUUCGGAGCAGUUGUUUGACAAUGGUGAGGCGUCACGGCUGGCAACUGCCGGCUCAUACAUUUCAGGUUGUAGCCAUUACUGUUUUCUUUCUACUAUCGGUUGCAUAUUAUGCCUUUUUUGCUCCCUUUCUUGGAAAAGAUAUCUAUGAAUAUGUGGCUAUUGGUGUCUACUCUAUCACGGCAAUCUCUGUUCUCAUCUUGUAUGUUCGAUGCACUGCUAUUGAUCCUUGUGAUCCUGGAAUUCUCCUUGAAGCUGACAAGGAAUCAGCUUGUAAAUCACACAAUGAAAUGGAUCCGCCAGGGAAUGCAUCUUCUAUUGAAGAGCCUUGCAGUAUAGGAUUGAAGUAUGGAAGUGAAUAUAAUAUGCAUAGUUCACGAUGGUGUUCCAAACUUGGUGGGUUUUUUUGUGCUUGUAUCAUAAAAGAAGAUUGCUGCAAAGAUGCAGACCUUCUGCAGCAACAAUCUGGAGAAGAAGAUGCUUUGUUCUGCACAUUGUGUAAUGCAGAAGUGCGAAAGUUCAGCAAGCAUUGUAGAAGUUGUGAAAAAUGUGUUGAUGGAUUUGAUCAUCAUUGUCGAUGGUUGAAUAAUUGCGUCGGCAGGAAAAAUUACAUCAGUUUUGUGUGCUUGAUGGCAGCUAGCCUUGUUUGGCUUAUUGUUGAAUUUGGAGUUGGCAUUGCUGUUCUUGUGCGAUGUUUUACUGAUAAAAAGGGUACAGAAACUGAUAUAACCGAGAAGCUUGGAGUUGGAUUCUCCCGCCCCCCUUUUGCUAGUGUGGUGGCCCUCUGCACAGCUGUUUCUCUUCUUGCAAUUGUGCCUCUGGGGGAGCUGUUCUUUUUCCAUAUAAUUUUGAUCAGAAAGGGUAUCACAACAUAUGAGUAUGUUGUUGCAAUGAGAACACAAAGUGAACCACCUGGACAGUCUGCAGAUGGUGAAGAUCAGCAGACUAUUUCAUCAUCACCUACCAGUUCAGCUUUAACUGCCAUAAGUGGAAGAAGCUCUCUUGGGAGAAGGUUGCAAUACAAAGGUGCUUGGUGCACCCCACCUAGAAUCUUCAUGGACCACCAGGAUGAAAUAAUCCCACAUUUGGACCCGGGUCUCUUACCAUCCACAGUAGAUCCAGAUACUGUACACCCACUAGACAAGGGUAAAAAACUACCCCAACGUCCUGUCCGAAUAAGUGCAUGGAAACUUGCAAAAUUGGAUACUAAAGAGGCGGUUAAAGCAGCUGCCAAAGCUAGAGCAACCUCCUCCGUCCUCCGUCCUGUAGGCACUAGGCAUCAUCCAUACAGUGCUGAUCAACUGUCUAGUAGCAACAUUAGUGGAAGAAGCAGUCCCACUAGUACUGACAAUGGGUCUCAGAUUAAAAAUACUAUAGCAGGUACAUUGAGCUCAUAUCCUUCGAGCCAUGCGGGCAGAGAUGAUGCCGGAUCAUGUGCUCACAGCGUUGGGGACAUGAGCAGUCAUCUUUCCAGCAUAACCCCGUCUCCAAUGGCACAACAGCAUUCAAAUAGAGAACAUUUUAACCCCAUGUAUGGUGCGUUAGUCAAUCAAUCUCCAUUGUCAGUAAAACAAAGUGAAGGGAAUGAACAUGAUGUUGAACAUUCUAUCAGGAGAACUUGCAGUGCAAUAGAAAGCUCCAGAACUUCAGUUUUCUGGGAUCCAGAAGCCGGGCGCUUCGUGUCUUCCUCUUCCAGAAAUGCAGGCCCUUUGCAGACAACUGGAUCACAACUUUUGUAUAGUGGUCAAUCAAUAUUUUUUGGUGGUCCUCUAACGAGUUCAUUGUCUGUGGGGUUGGAUAGAGGUUCUUCAUCGAGUCAUCAUCUUCAUCGGCAGCAGGGUAGAUCAGAGAGAGGUGGCCAGCUACCUGUGUUUGUUCCUAGUGAUUAUCAUUCUCUAGAAAAUCAAUUUCCAUCUAGGUCGCCAAUGCCAUGAGCACCAAAAUAAGGGACAUAUUUAUUUUGUUUUGAAGUUAGAAGUCUUCAUUUGAUUUGGAUUUUACUUUCUUCAACGGCUUGUUCAUAUCUGCUGCAUCCAAGCAUUUUUUAUGCAAUUAGUUGUCAGUUAAUUCAGGGCAGAUUUUCUUUAAGAUGAACUGAA